UGUAACCCUCUGGUGUUGAAAGAGGGCCCGCCUCGCGGGGUCCCACCCCGGCAACGCCUUUAAUACGGGGUAGAGUUGGGGUCGGGGCUGGCAGGAGAGUUUGGCCAGUAUUGGAGUCGCGUUGGUCCGGAGAGUUUGGCCAGUGCUGACCUCCCGUUGGCCGGAGUUGUGGCCAGUACUGUCCUCCCGCGGGUCCGGGAGAGAAGGAGAGUGAGAGCCGGCGUGGACGGCGCUUGGAGCGGGUCACCAUGCCCGGCCCGGCCGUGGACGCGGACGGAGCCUGUGACGAGGGCGAGGGGCCGGAGCGGCGGCCGGGGGAGCGGAGGGGCAGAGGCCGGGGGUCAGCGGUAGAGGCCGGGCCGGGCCAGGGGCCGGACAGUCGGGGCAAGAAGCGCUGCCGGCCCGUGCGCUCGAAGGCGCGGCGAGUCGCGGCCAAUGUCCGGGAGAGGAAGCGCAUCGUGGAUUACAACGAAGCGUUUAACGCGCUGCGGCUCAGCCUGAGACAUGACCUGAACGGCAAGCGCCUGUCCAAGAUCGCCACUCUGCGCAGAGCCAUCAGCAAGAUCGCCAGCCUGUCCUCACUGUUGCGCUCAGACCACUGCUGCCCCGGCCUCCCGCCGCCUCUCGGGCACCCUGGACCCCCGGACUACACCCACCCCGGACCCCCGGCACCCCGCUUCCCCGAACCCCCCUUCUACCUCUCACCGCCGCCGCCGCCGCUCAGCUUCCCGGAGCCCGAGCCGCCGAUGCCCGCGGCCCCGCUCUGUCCCGGCUCCAGGGCCGGUUGUCACCAGAGACACCUCGACACGUUGGCCGAAUCCUCGCUACCCCUCGCCUGGCAUUUCAACUACUUCCCCGGCGCCGGCUACCAACACACACUGCCCAUGCACUGAGCGCCGCCAACACAGGGUGUGGAGCUGGGCUGGAGAUACUCGCUGCCCGGCCCGGCCCGGCCCGGCACUCUCCCUGCCGCCGGCUACACUCACCGGACAAAGCGCUGGACAACGUUACUGCCGCUCACAGAUCACCGCCGCCACCCGGACCGUGAAACGGGCAACGAUUGAACUGGAACAGCGGGUCGUUUGAGGACCAACUUGGGGCGGAUGUUUGGCGCAAAGACUCUAGACUGACAUCAGGAGGGUUGCGAUCACAUCUCUGGUCCAGUCGGCAGCUUGAACAGACAGACAGACAGACACACAAACUGCUGAAGAAAGGUCCCGAACCGAAACAUCACACACCCAUG